AUGUCACCAAAUGAAGAGCGCAUUGCUACUAUCAGAGACACACUUGAACAAUCCUUCCCUCAAGCAGCCUUGAGUGCAAGACUGGGCGGCCGUGCCCUGGUAAUACUGGAAGACGUCGACAAGUUGUGCAUUGUUGAGACUGAGCUUGUGAGGAAGAUCCGGGAGACGGUGAUACAGCAAGGCACAGUUACCGAGGAUGAUGAUGAAGAAAGGGAUGUCAGCUCUAAUUGCCCAGAAACAGCUGACGGUACCCAACCAGAGAACUCCAGUGGAUCAUGGAUGGAUGUUUUCGGGUCUAUAGAGGCAGUUCCAGUAGCCAAUGCUACCCCUCCGCACACGUUCAAUCCUGAUAUAGACUUUGCGGAUCUUACGAAUAUCACGGAAAGUUACAUGCCCCGAGAUCUUGUUCUGUUUGUAGAACGAGCAAAGUAUGUUGCUUUGGCCCACCUCAUAGCACACAGUUCGGAGGAUGGCAACAAGAUGAGUGUCCUUCUCACAAGAGAACAUUUCGAGGAAGCCCAGAAGGGAUCUACACUGUUCGCAUUACGAAACAUGUCUCUUGGAACAUAA